AUGUCUCGCGUUACCUUUCCACAAGGACGAGUGUACCGCCCCAAGCGUUCUGGUAGUCCUCCCCUGUGGGGGUACUACGAGUACCAGACGUCGGCGUCUGAACACUCUGAAUGCGAUAGCUGCUCCGAGUCCGAGUCGGAAGAGGAGAGCGAAGAAGAGGUCAAUAGGAGCGAGAGCGGGGCAAGUGGCAGUGGCGCAGGGAGUGAGCGGGAUGAUGAACACGAACAGGCACAGCGCCUGAAGGAGAAGGGCAAACAGCCGGAAGACAUCCGGCGCAAGCAGCGGAGAGAGCCCAAGCACCGAAGGCCCAGAGAGCCUGUUUAUCGUCCCAUCUUGACUAUACGCCGCAGCGAGGGUUUUGUCUGGAACCAGGACCUCUUUUUGCCAUCAUACAUCCGCGAUCGAUAUGUGGCCACUUCUCCCAACUCGAGCUCAUUCCAUUCUGGUUCCGGAAACACCUCCACCUGCGACUCGUCCUUUUCGGGAAUGGACUUUGAAAUCGAGUGCGUCGACAUUCACGUCGAUGGCAAAGGUAUUCUCAGUGGCCUCGACUCGACCACGACUACCAAAGAGCGCGAGUGA